AUGGUGCUGGAGAGCGUCGCCCGCAUCGUGAAGGUGCAGCUCCCCGCGUACCUGAAGCGGCUCCCAGUCCCCGAGAGCAUUAGCGGGUUUGCCCGGCUCACAGUUUCAGAAUGGCUUCGGUUAUUGCCUUUCCUGGGUGUACUUGCACUACUUGGCUACCUUGCAGUUCGUCCAUUCCUCCCAAAGAAAAAACAACAGAAGGAUAGUUUGAUUAAUCUUAAAAUACAAAAGGAAAAUCCCAAAGUGGUGAAUGAAAUAAACAUUGAAGAUUUGUGUCUUACUAAAGCAGCUUACUGUAGAUGUUGGCGUUCUAAGACGUUUCCUGCCUGUGAUGGUUCACAUAAUAAACACAAUGAAUUAACAGGAGAUAAUGUGGGCCCACUAAUACUGAAGAAGAAAGAAGUAUAA